AUGAUCUUGUCCAACUCAGGCAGUGCCGGAGUGGUAGGUCUUACGAGCGCGCUCCUGCUAUCCAAGGACCCUGAGAAUGCCGUGACCGUGAUUGCCAAGUUCAUGCCCGGUGAUUACGACGUUGAGUACACAUCUCCAUGGGCCGGUGCCAAUGUUCUCCCAAUGGCCAUCGAGAAGGAUAGUCGAUGGGAACGGAGGACUUGGGAGCAUCUCAGGAAGUUGACGGAGAGCGAGCCGGCGGCAGGCAUUCACUUCCAGAAUGCUCGCAUCUACCGCCGCGACAAGGACGUCCCGGACCAGCCGGGCUCCCACUUCUACGAUGCCCUCUUCGCGAAAGAGCCGUGGUACAAGACCAUGUUCGACCAGUACCGUGAACUCUCCCCCGAAGAAGUCCUCGCCGCCCACGACUCGGGCUGCGAGUUCAAGUCGCUCUGCAUCAACACGCAACUCUUUCUCCCCUGGCUCGUGAGCCAAUGUCUCAAGAACGGCGUCGUGUUCAAGCGCGCCAUCGUCGAGCACGUCGCUGAUGCUGCCAAGUUCGCCGGCGACGGCCAUGGCGAGCAGGUAGUCGUCGUCAACGCGACCGGUCUAGGAGCGCUGAAGUUGGGUGGCGUGGAGGAUAAGGCGAUGGUUCCUGCGCGGGGUCAGAUCGUGCUUGUGAGGAACGAGUCUCCGUUCAUGGUGGCAACUUCGGGGACGGAGGACGGGGAGGCAGAGGCGUGCUAUAUCAUGACGAGGGCGGCCGGUGGCGGUACCAUUCUGGGAGGCACGUAUGAUAAGGGGAACUGGAACCCGAAUCCGGAGCCGAACAUUGCGAUGCGGAUCAUGAAGAGGGCGCUGGAGGUGUGUCCUGAGCUUACCGGCGGAAAGGGCAUCGAGGGGCUUGAUAUCAUUCGUCAUGGCGUUGGCUUGAGGCCGCUCAGGGUGGGCGGCGUGAGGAUUGAGAAGGAAAUGGUGUCUUUGAAGGAGGGUGGGGGAGAGGUUGCUGUGGUGCACAACUACGGGCAUGCUGGAUGGGGAUAUCAAGGAAGUUUCGGGUGUGCUGAGAGAGUGGUCGAGUUGGUGAACGAGAUUAGAGGCAAGAAUACCGCGGCUGCAUGA